AUGGUGUUACACACAGCCUGCUUAUAUCUAACACAGACAAACUGCUUUGAUAAUACAUUACAUCCAUCAAUGAUUGAAAUAAAGAACCAUCCAUUAAUUAGAGUUUAAAUUGUAGAUUUCGUACAUGACAUGCAUGCUCUCAUAUUUGACAUGUAUUCUCUCGAAUACUGCAACAACAACCACAAAAUCUUGAGAGUGAGACUAGAGCAAAUUGUUGUCAUGUACGAAAUCUAUAAUUUCAACUGUAAUCAUGGUUCUUAAUUUGUUUAUGGGUUGGAUCCAACUGGUUUUGCACCAUAUACGGGUUCCAACAUCACGAGCCUCAUGUUUUUUUAUUUCCUUUCUUGUACGAGCCUUUUGUUGUCUUAACCGCGAUGGCUUAGUGUUAUGUGUUGGUAACGCACAACAAUAAGUCAUCCCAGCGAAAGACUUAGUUGCUCUUAUAGAUGAACAGCAAAGUCGUCAUUGUUAUGGAUUCUUCGGAGAUGAAAUCUGUAACGGUGACAACUUUGGAUCAUUUUCGCUUGAACCCUAGCUAGAAACCCUAGAUAUUUUAUAAGCUUGCUUACUCUUUUCUCUCCACAUAUAAAUAUAUAGCUAAGUUAGGGUUUUAUGUGUCACCGCUCACCGCUUUUAAGGCUAAGUUAGGGUUUUAUGUUAAUAUUCGACUUAAAUUUUAGGGAUAAAUUAAGGAAAAAUGCUGCAGAUUCGAAUAUCAAUGGAAUAUAAUUAAUAGCGUUUGGAAUGAGUAUCCUGAUUUAGGAUCAGUAAAUUAAAUAUUAUAAAAUAUCUUAAUUCCUUAAUUGUCUUUGGCAGAUUCAAGUC